AAAACUAGUCGGAGUUGGGAAAUCAACUGUCUUUCAAUACUUAUUGUUUCGUAUCAAAAGAAACUCCUAACCUCGGAUUUCAUUGCCGGCUGACAAUCCCCCAUCCCCCUGCAACGCCACCGACCGAUUAAUACCGAUUAACUUGGACGCACGAACGAACGUCACGAUGGGGAGCUUUGAACCCUUCGAACCCCUCAUGGACUUCAAUCUGCCGGAACUUCUGGUUGGGGAUUUGGAAGAAUCGAAAGAGAUUUUCAAGUCGAGGCAAUUGACUGCUGGUGCGCCAGCUCCAUCAUUAGCUGGUGACGGAUCUAAAAGACGAUAUUCGCUACAGGAUAGUUCGUUAAGCGCUGUUCAUUCAUCUAUUCACCCAUCUAAUCUCCUAGACACAACGUGGAAGGCCAAGUCAUUGCAGAAUGUGAAUGAGACGCAAUCUCAUUUCUUCACCGUCCGCGACCGCGACCGCGACGAAUCACGCCGGAAUAGUAGCGAUUCCGAUUCAGCCAGUAGUGAAUCAUCUGGUGGACUGAUGCCCCCAUCAAUCGGCACACGGGGCGCAUCCAUCGCCACAACAGCCACGUCGGUUACUUCUGAGAAGCUGGAGCCACCAAAUCACUUGAAAUUAAAACUUGUAAUACAAGAGAAAAAACAAGCCGGUAACAGCUGGAUGGACUUGGAUGCCGAGGAUCCAACUUCUCCGAAUCGAAGAUACAGUAUGAUUAACAUCUCGUCACCUGCUCAGUACUUGUCACUACGACAUGAUCUAGAUGAAUCAACGAGCAUGUCUUUAAACUCGGCAGUGCUGCAUCCCAACUUAACUAGCUCUCCUCCAACUUCGCCAAAAGUCUCAUCGAAAUCGUCCCCAAAAGCAACACCAAAAGCAUCACCAAAAGCAUCCCCGAAAAUGUCGCCAGCCAGUGUCAAAUCUUCGGGUACUGGCGAACAACGAAACCGCGUUAGAUCGCCUUUGGCAUGUCCUACUCCUCCACCAGAACGACGCUCUUCUCUGAUGCACCGGAAUUACCCCGUGCUUCCCAAGAUUAACGUGUCGCCUUCUCUACAAGCUUUGUCGAGUCAGCCUUUGCCAACACAGCGUGAAGACGAAACAUCGUCCCCAGAUCGCAAUAUGCCCUUAUUAGCCCCACUCCAACCGUCUCGUAACAAGACGAAUGAUGUUAGGAAUGAUGUUAGCAGUGGGCGUAAUGCCAGUAAGACCAGCUUGCACCUGCCAGAGGCGGAUAUCGAAACGGAUGAACCUGAACGACACUCUCACGCAGAGAAUGCUGAAUAUCUAGAAAUUGCCGCAGCAGGGAUAGAUGUUGAAUCCUGGUUGGAGUCCAGCGUUGACAACUUUCCCUACUAUGCUCAGAAUAGGGCUGAUGGGCACAUGCCCCUACCUCUCCCGCCGGAUGUUCUUGAUACCCUUCGAAUAUCAAUAACAUGCUUCCCGGAAACGAUGCUCCAGUGCUCUAGCCUCUCGAUCGAGACCAUACGUGGCCACUCUAGGAAAUUGAGGUAUAAGUCAUCUAGUCCUGCAAGUUUAUAUUCGGAAUCGCCCGCUUCGGUAGACUCGUCGGACCAGUCAAAACAGACGAAAUGGAAGUGGUUACCCCUUAAGAGACAGCAGUCAUCUCCUGCCGAGACGCCAACCAGCCCGCAACGAAGUGGUUUUGGAGAGAGCCUAGAACCAAGAUAUAGCCCGGUAUGGCCUAGAAAACCGGACUGGACCACAAUCCAGAACCUCUUCCCCUCCGGAUCUGAUUAUCUCUGUGACGCUCUCUACGCCCACCUCGUAGCGUACAACUACAUCACUUCGCUAUGUCCCCGAUCAGUGCUUAUCAAUCCUACUACUACUUCGAGACCUACUUCCAAAUCCUCAACAACACCCUCAGAAAUCAGUCUCGGCCUUUCGGUUGACCUCCGUGCUUCAGUAGACAUACGCGCCUCUACGGACGGAGGCGCAAUCCCACGAAAAGCAGCAACCUUGCUCGGCCUGCAAGAUGAUCCGAACGCACCGAUCCCCGAACCGCCUUCCUCACGAUGCAACACACUUCGCAACAAGCGAUCGUUCUUUGCAGCGCCCAGAGCCGUCUCUUACUAUGAAGUCAGUCGACCGACGACAGCCGUAGGUUCCUUCACUAGCCGCCGUCUUCCCCAACCCGACCAGGGCGAGCAAGUAUUAAAGGAUUUGCGGUUGGGACUGGCGAGAUGCAUCUCAAGACUCGUCGCUACGUUACGAGUGACGAACGGUAGCCCCGCGGGUCCUGAUGGCGCGGGGCAAAUGAAGCAGGAAGAAAAUCCCGACUUCAUGCGGGCACUGUGCGAGAUCGUGCGCCUCUCUGAGGAGAGAUACAUGUAGCCGAAUGAAUACGGCUGUAGCGUCACGAGCCAUCUGAUUAAUCAACUAUAUCUAUACCCACAUAUAAUGGACCAUGCAGGAAAGAUACUCUCACGAAAAUUAUAUAUACCUUAAUACCCACGAAGCGAGGACACGAGAAACGGCCUUUUAACACUGGUGGUUUGCAUA